AUGAUUCUACUUGGGAUGAUACUCGCAACUCUCAUCCAUCAAACAUCUGCUAUCGCACCAGCAUCGUUCCCAAAUCUCUUCAACCCAGCCAAAACCAAAACCCAUACUGGCAGUGACAAGCUCAGACAACGUACUUCCAGUGAUACUACAGGAAUAAAGAAUCACUGGAAAUACGAAUUCCCAAGUCCCCUCGAAAAUGGCAGCGCUCAAAUCCACAAAUCCAUUCAAACGCCUAACAAAUCCCUAUCCACACAAACCCUCCUUCGACUCGACCGACCACAGUCAAGCAAGAUAACCCCUAGCUCAUUUGACUGGUGGUACUACGAUGCCGUCUCAAGUAGCGAUGCAACGGAAUCGUUGACAGUGACGCUAUUCACCUCAUGCGCGAACGCAUUUCCAUGGCUUGAUUCCAGUGAAUCUUCUGUGCUUAUCGCAUAUAUCUGGAUCUCAUUUGCGAAUGGAUCUAGUUUCGAGGGAUAUGUACCUGCGACACUAGCGACCGUUUCUGGUGGAGGAUUGAUUGGGGUUGCUAGUAUGGGUGAAUGGGAAGGAACAGGAUUUAGCUGGGUUUAUAUUGGGGAUGAUUUUUCGGAUUAUGAGGUUAUUAUUGAAUCGGAAGAGAUGGAUAUCUAUCGGACUUUGAAAUUGACAUCGAAUCUCGCACCCCAUCUACCACGUGGGAUCUCUUCAGACACCACUACACUGGAAAUUGAGAAUGACUUCGGCUGGGCGAAUCUGAUUCCCGAUGCGAAUGCAACUGUCGAUAUGAAUGUGAAGGGUACGAGUCUACAAUUUCAAGGACGAGCAUAUCAUGAUAAACUGAGUUUACCUUCCCUACCUACCAUUAUCAUCGACAGCUGGUACUGGGGACAUGGUGAAAUAGGCGGCUACUCCCUCGUCUGGUUCAGCGGGAUCUCAUCUAGUAACGCAACCCUCGGCAGUACCUAUGUCUCCAAAGAUGGAACCGUCCUCGUAUCUACAUGCGAUACUACGAAGACAAUCGUUCGACCAACAGGUAACGCUACCGCUGCACAUUAUCCACCUGUAGCGGGCGAUACUCCGGAUGGGUUUACUGUUGAGAUUGAACUUGCGGAGGACGAAUGGUUACGGGUUAAUGUGAGUAUUGCGAACGAGGUUGUUGGGGAUGGAGAGUAUCAUAUUCGAUGGACGGGAAAUUUGGUGGGUUCUGUUGAGGAUAAGGAUGGUGUGAGGGCUCUUGAGGGAGGAGGAGUUGCUUUCUUUGAGCAGUUUGCGUUGGUAGAGUAG